AUUUUAGGUAUAACUUCAAAGAUGUCGGGACGCAGCAAUUCUCUUUUAUUCUUGAUUUUCUGUUCAUUGGGUGUUUUUUUCUCGUAUUUUUUCUACGGUAUUCUUCAGGAAACAAUACCUGAGUCUAAGGCGAAUUUAUCGUCCAAGGAUUAUGCUCUCUGUGCUCUGUGUUACAUUGGAGCCAUGUUCUGUAGCAAUGCUAGUCUUCGUUAUGUUAAUUACCCGACUCAAGUGGUCGGUAAAUCAAUAAAACCCAUUCCCGUGAUGCUUUUGAACGUCUUAUGGGCCCGAAAACGCUACCCUUUAAGAAAGUAUCUAUUUGUCGGCAUCGUCACCACCGGUGUUAGCCUCUUUAUGUAUAAGGGGGAUGUAGCACUCAAUUCGGAUGUCGGUUGUGGUUUUGGACGCGGCCAUCUCCUGCUGGUA